AUGACGACUCCUAAUGCGACAAAUAUCAACGUAAAUGGAUGGUCAGUAGUAUUUAAUGUGCCGAAUACAUUAUGUUGGAUUCGCAUUGUACUUAUGUUUGUUAGUAUCCGAUAUUUUGGUCAACAAAAGUACCUGUUGUUUGCUAUUUAUCAUACAGUAUCCGGUUUUCUUGAUUCAUUCGAUGGUAUCUUAGCACGUUCUUUGAAUCAAAAAUCAUUACUUGGAGAAUAUUUCGAAUUCAUAUUAGAUAAAUAUGCUCAUUUUAUAAUGUAUGCUUGCAUUGGAUUACUCUAUCAAUCGUAUAUAGUGUAUUUCUUUUUUGAAAUUGCACUCGAACUAUGGACUACAAUGUUUGAUUCUCAUAUACGAGCAAUAUCGAGAACUGACAAAUCAUGGUUACACGGACCAACGUUUUUAUCAACAACAUGUUCAGUAUCGAUUUAUCAUAGUCCGAAUCUUCGCUUAUUGAAUUGGUAUGGGCCAGACAUAUUUCAUACGGUAUUAGUUCUACGUUAUAUUCUUAUUAAUGAUAACAAAAAGAAUUUAACUCGACACAUUCAACGAUAUAUUUCGUUAGACAGGGUUUAUUUAAUUCUGAAAUGUAUACUUAUAUUUACUGGAUUUUUUGCAAUUUUACGAACAGUCAUAACUUCAUGCUUUCUAUUUGACAACUUGUAUAGACUGGGUCGAGGCAAUUAG